AAUUGUGUCGUAUUGAGUACUCAGCUUAAGAAUUUAUUAACGUUUAUAUUAAACAUUGCUAUCGGCCAUAGUAGCUUGUGUUGUGUGAGUGACGGCGCUCGUGUAGUGAAAAUAUCUAAACAAAAAAAAGAUGUCCAAUGAAGCGAUAGCAAAAGGUGAGGCGGUGCUCCUAAAACAAGCGUGCGACAAAUUUGUCGCAGCGUUUGGUCGCAAGCCGACAGUCGCGGCGUGUGCACCGGGCCGAGUCAACCUCAUUGGAGAACACAUUGAUUACUGCGAAGGAUUUGUGUUGCCUGUGGCUUUACCGUUCGUGACCCUAAUAGCAGGAGCUACAAACAACACAGGAGAAUGUCGGUUGGUCUCCGUGCUAGGAUCAGACGAGGAGGUGAAGACAGAAUUCCCAGCACCCACAGCAUCGAAGCCAUUGAGACCCGGCCCGCCGGCGUGGGCUAACUAUGUUAAAGGGGUGGUCGCUAAUUUUCCUGGUGGAGUGAGCGGUUUCGACGCAGUCAUCGUGACAGACGUACCAAUGGGAUCUGGUUUAUCCAGCAGUGCUGCGAUUGAAGUAGCUACCUUCACACUGCUGGAAGGUCUGACCGGUAGGACUGUGAGCCUAGUGGAGAAAGCCAAGCUAUGUCAGAAAGCAGAGCACGAGUUCCCCGGCAUGCCGUGCGGCAUCAUGGACCAGUACAUCGUCACCAUGGGCAAGAAGGACCAUGCUUUACUCAUAGAUUGCAGGUCAUUAGAAUCCCAACAGAUCCCAAUGGAGCUGGGAGACCUAGCAGUUCUGGUGACGAACUCCAACGUGAAGCAUCAGCUGACUGGCAGCGAGUACCCGACGAGACGGGCGCAGUGCCAGGAGGCGGCCGACCGACUGGGAUUAUCGUCGCUUAGAGGAGCCAGGAUUGAGGAUUUGGAGAAGCUAAAACAACAGAACUGCGAUAAGGAAGUGCUGAUGAGAGCGAAACACGUCAUAGAAGAGAUCAGCAGGACAGAAGAAGUGGCCAGGGUUAUGAAGCAGAAGGAUUUCAAACGGGUCGGUGAAUUAUUCUACCAAUCCCACGACUCGCUCAGCAAGCUGAUGGAAGUCUCCUGUCCCGAGCUGGACCAGCUCGUGGACAUCAUUCGAGACUCUCCAGGAGUGUACGGUGCCAGGAUGACUGGUGGCGGCUUCGGGGGAUGUGUUGUUACUCUGGUACAGAAGAGUGAAAUAGAAAACUUAAAGAAAAAAAUAUUAGCUCAAUAUAAUGGAACUCCCACAUUCUUCGUGAGCCAGCCUAGUGAUGGGGCCAGAUUGUUGAAAUUAUAAAUAGUGCUGUUUUUACGUACAUUUGUUAUUUUUUAAACUCGUUGUAAAUAAAAUGAUUUGAUUAUA